AGAUUAUUACUUUGGUUCCCAAAGGUCCUCUAUUUGACACGUGAUAAGUGAAGAAGUUUGCUCAGUUGUUACGUGUUCGCUUUCACCAUGUUGUUACUCAGCAGAAGUGCCAACUGUCAAGCCGGAGGAUUUGCUUUGGCAUCUAUAGCAUGGAUCCUUUGCAGCAUUUCCACAGGCCUGCCGCAGUGGCGAGUGUGGUACUUGAAUGAAAGCAUGUUCUCUGAGCCUUCCACAGCCUUUAUAGGAAUGUGGAGAGUUUGCGUUUACCACCAAACCAUCAAGGUCGGCAAUGCCAGAGAGUGUCAUGAAUACACCUACCAUGACAAUUUUGUUCCUUUGAAUAUUCGUAUCGUUCAACAUUUGUUAUUGGGCUCCAACAUUCUCGGGUUAGUUGGGACAAUUGCCACCAUUUUUGCACUUCGAAAUGUGUACACAGGGAAAGUACCGAAUAAUGCCACCUACAAUCCAUUCGUCAUCUCAGUCGUCCUCAAUAUUGUUGCCAGUACAUUCGUCCUCCUUGCUGUCUUAUGCAAUUACUUCUCUGUCAUUCACAAAGCAGGAAUUACCUUCCCACCAUCUUUCCAUAUGCCUUUACAUCCACCUCAUCAGAGAAUUGGAAUUGCUAAUGUAGUGGCAAGUCUGGCUGCUCUCAUGUUUUUAGGCAGUGGCAUUAUUUUCCUCUCGUAUACUUCUGUGGAAAACCAAGUAUAUCCUGACGUUUGAAUAUAUAUUUACAGCUUACAUCACCUUCCAAUUCCCAGGGAUUAUA